AUGCUCAUAUCUUUGCUUAUCCUUGCAAAGUUGUAUACUUUCGCUGACGGAACAGCUGUCGAUUUAAACGUUUGUUUUAUGUUUAUACCUGGACCUGCGGGAGAUCCUGUACGAAGACCUACAGUCGAAAAUUGCCAAGAUCGUGGCCCCACAGCUUGUUUCGAAAUAUUCAAACCAGACGAUAAUAAUCUUGGGCAGGUAUUAGCUGAUAAUCGUAUGCCAAACAUGGAUUAUAAAGUUCGUGACACUUGUCAGCAGCAUGCAUAUAGAAUGUUGGCUCGACAAAUGUGCCCACAAACGUGUGCGACCUGCUGCUUGACUAAAGAAUAUAACUGCGAAAAUGCAACAACUUUAUUUCCUCCAGCAGCAACUUGCAGAGACGAAAGGCAGAACUGUGCCGCAAUUAGAGCUGCACAUAGCUGUGGCGGCGUGUUUCGAACAACAAUGAUGCAACAGUGUGCAAGAACGUGCGGUUAUUGCACGUAA